CCGCCGUGACUUCCGUGUUGUUAACAAGCUACAAUCGAUACUAGGCCUUAACAGUAAAGUUUUGAAAACAGUAAGCAACCGAUGAGGUUAUCGUUAAUACGGCACGCUAAACCUUUGUAAUCCAGUGCUCAGAUUUUGAGCUCUCUUUUGAGGUCAAACUAGAUGGCCCAGCUGGUAACAGUUGGGGCCACACCGUAAUACAUCUGUACGUGUAGUCUGUCUGCAAUGGCCAGUCAUUUCCGUAGCUACAUCUGGGACCCGGUUCUCAUUGUGAGUCAGAUUGUGUUGAUGCAGUGCAUCUACUACAGCUUCUUGGGCCUUUGGUUAGCUGGAGUGGACAGUCUGGUGCAAACUAGUCGGUCACUGGACCAGAUCUUCAGCUAUGAAGUCCUUGGUUUUGCAACGAUGCAGGGCAGGCUCUCAAUGAUGGCAUUCAUCUUGAACUCUCUUACAUGCGCCCUCGGUCUGUGGUUCUUUAUCCGUCGGGGGAAACAGUGCCUGGACUUCACAGUGACUGUGCACUUCUUCCAUAUGAUUGGCUGCUGGAUCUAUAAUGCUCAUCUUCCAUCUGCCCUGUCAUGGUGGCUCGUCAAUGUAGCCUGCAUGGCGUUGAUGGCUGUAAUCGGAGAGUACUUGUGCAUGCGGACUGAGCUCAGGGCUAUUCCAGUCAAUAGUGGACCCAAAUCUAACCUGUGAAAUUUUGUCGAUACCACGUUGAAAAUCUGUGGAAGGUUAACUCCUGAGGAACUCACUCGGAGAAGGUUUUUUCCACUGCUUUCAAAAGAACUGGAGCGUGAACCUCUAUCAGCGUGGAUGUUGGAUUGUCAUCCAUCUUCUCUUCAAGUGAUAAACCAGAUGAACUGAUCUAUUUAUUAUUCAUAACUGACGCUAAAUGUUGGAGAGUGUUAGCUCUGAAGCAAAAUAUACAUGCUUUAAUGCUUAGAAAAGUAGAUGUCAAUUUACACCGUUCUUUGAACCUUAUGACUAUACAUUUUAUUUUAAGUAAUUGCACUUUUGUGUUAAUUUUAAUUAUGUCAGCAUGGACAUCUCAUUUCCUCAUUUUUAGAUUUACGAUAUUUCUUUCUGAUGUGUGCACAUCUUCAAAUGAUAAAUUGAAACAUCAGAAAAAUGCAAACUGUUUUAUAAAGCAGCAGAACAGCAACAACAUUUUUGCCAUUUCCUUUUUGUUGGUAUAAUUACAAGCUGGCCGGGCUGACAAAAAAAACGUGAUCAUGAUGUUAUAGGAUAUUUGGGUUUUAAAAUGUAAAUGUUACAGUCACUGCACUUUAGAAAUGUCAAUGUGCAAGUUACCUAUUGUUGGGGAACAAGUUCAGUGUUCAAACCGGUAUGCUAAAGUUGUAUGACUCAGUGUAAAUCAAAAUGUAGGAAAACGUUUUCUGCUUCAAAAUCUCAAGACAUUAUAUUAGUCAGAAGUAUAAAAUCAGGCUUUUUUUAAUGUUCUUGAUUAAUUUAGCAGACAAUGCUCAGUUUCUGCUUUCCUUGUCAAGCUUGUACAUCAUAUUACACAGCUUGCAUUGUUUGUCUCCAUCUCUUUAUGUCAUGAUUUAUUAUGCAGACAUGGGGGCCACUUUGGGGACAGUUUGUCAGCCACCAGCUGCGUUCUGACAGCAGACUGUCUGUGUUUCUGUGGGGGAUGUGAUAUGAUAAGUACUGAAAUGUGCAGCACUAAUGGUUUCUGGAACACUUCUCAUUUUACGAUGGCUUUUAAAAUACCGUCUAAAUUGACUGCCGAUUAUUAGAGUACCAUGUCCUGUAGCGUAUACUGCAAUAUAUUUUUAUUUUGCGUGCUAAAUGUCAGAUCAAAUCUCUGCAGCUUUGAUAGUGUGGACUUUUUUGGCAAAGAUUGAUAUUUAAAAGCUGUACAAGAGUUGGACAUUAUGAGAAAUUCACUUAUUCCCUUUCUUGGUGAGUUAGAUGAGAAUAUCAAUUAUACCACACUCAUA